AUGCGUAGAUACUACGCUCCAAAGAAACUUGAAAUGGCGGAGAGAUAUAGGACGAUGUUCAUGACACAGCGAACAGAUCAGUCUCUAGUAGAGCUCAGUAGAGACUCGAAAAAGUUGUUGGAGAAUGAGGAAUUGUCAGCUAAAGAGGCACUUGAACGGGCAGAAGCAUUUGAAAGGGUAGUAGAAAAUACCCCUAUCAUUGGGUGUAGGAACGAUAUUUCGUUCGGCUUAUUUGAUCCAUGCUUCGCGACUUUCGCUCCCCAGCCACUUGCUGAUGAUCCGCCGAAACUUCCAUCCGGAGAACUGCUCCAACCAGCUCCUGAUGAACCACCCCAACCGCCGGCUGCACUGAUCGAUUCACUGCCUUAA